AUGGAUUCCGCUCCCGAGUACCUGCGUUUCACAGGACAUAGAUCCUUCGCGCAGCGAUUGAUCAUCUCGACUCUUACCGGUCGGCCUAUACACAUCUCCAAGAUUCGCAGCUCGUCGCCGACACAUCCAGGUCUCGCGCCGCAUGAGAUCUCGUUUCUGCGUUUGCUUGAAGCCGUUACCAAUGGCAGCUCCAUGCAAAUCUCGUACACGGGUACGACGAUCACAUACCAUCCCGGUCUGAUCACUGGCACCAUGGCUGGAUUCGGCGCAUCCGACGGCGACGUCAUCGAACAUAACCUGCCGGCGAACAACAACCGCGGCGUCACCUACUUCCUCCUGCCGAUCUGCCUAUUAGCACCAUUCUCGAAGGCCCAUGUCAACAUUCGGUUCACCGGUCCGGGUGUUAUCACAUCUGCAACUGAGACUGGCGACAUCUCCGUCGACUCUUUUCGCACAGCCAUCCUACCCCUCUUUGCCCUCUUCGGCAUCCCUCCUGCACGAAUCGAACUGAGAGUGCUUUCACGAUCUUGCCCCGGGAAGGGCGGCAGAGGUGGCGGUGGCGUCGUAGAGCUACGGUUCGCAAGUCAGGUUCGACUUCCAAAAACACUUCACCUGAACCGCAACCCCGGAAAGAUAAGAAGGAUACGUGGAGUCGCAUACUGUACUGGAGUCUCAGCAUCCAACAACAGCCGAAUGAUCCAUUCAGCUAGAGAAGUGCUGAACGCGCUGGUCUCGGACAUACACAUCGCUGCGCAGUACGACACUGCACCGCUGGUCACGGCUGCCGACAAGUCGAAGACACGGACAGGUAUCGGCUUUGGACUCAGCUUGGUCGCCGAGUCAAGCUCCGUCGGUGUGCUCUAUUCAGCGGACGUCGUUGCUCCCCCGGUUGGUGGUGUCGUCCCUGAAGACAUCGGCAAGAACUGUGCCUAUCAGUUGCUGGAGACCAUCGCACAAGGAGGCUGCGUCACCAAAACGUCUGCCAGCACAGUGUUGACACUGAUGGCGAUGGGAUCCGAAGACGUGGGAAGACUGAGAAUAGGAAGGGACAUCAUCGGCACAGAGGAAAUGGUCGGACUGGCGCGGGACCUGCGGACAUUCGGCGCGAGUAGUUGGGGGCUGAGGGACGUCGACGAUGACGAGUCGGGCGACAUACUUGUUACGGUGAAGGGAAGCGGCGUUGGUAAUGUUGGUCGCAAGAUUGCUUAA